CUUGUUUCUCUGUGGUCGACUUCACUGUUUACCAAAUGUUUCCCUGGUCAUUCUUUUGUGGACUGUAUUGAUUUCAGUCAUAUGUUUCCCCACUAUAACAGAGUCUUCUUCUACACACAUCACUGUGUUGAUGUGGUGUGUGGAGUGGAGUCUAACCAGGGAAUGGGGAGGAGCUUCACCUCAGUGUUACACAAGAGAAAUGAAAGUGAAACUUAGAGAGCAGCUGCCUGUCGACAGUCUCUGAUCUACACAGAGUUCACCUGACGUCUUCUGAGCUUGGAAAACAGAUUCACACAUUCAAAAUGGCGUCUGUCAGCUGUGUUCUGUCUGAAGACCAGCUCCUGUGCUCCAUCUGUCUGGAGGUCUUCACUGACCCUGUCUCCACUUCCUGUGGACACAGCUUCUGCAAAACCUGCAUCUAUCAGCACUGGGACCACAGCGAGCAGUACCAGUGUCCAGUCUGUAAGGAGGACUUCAGCUCCAGACCUCAACUAAAAACCAACACUUUUAUGUCUGAGAUGGUCUCCCAGUUCAGAGGACCUCAAGAGGAACCAGACCACGAGGAGUCACAGGACUCGUCUGAAGCAGGAGGUGUUCCCUGUGACAUGUGCUCUGAACCCAGACUCAGGGCGGUCAAGUCCUGCCUGGUCUGUCUGGCCUCCUACUGCCCCACUCACCUGGAGCCUCACCGGAGCACCGCCCGCCUCCAACGACACCACCUCAUCUGCCCCGUGGAGAACCUGGAGGAGCGCAUCUGCCAAGAGCACGACAAACUUCUGGAGCUGUUCUGUAAAACAGAGAAGAAGUUCAUCUGUCUGCAGUGCACCUUCUCUCAGCACAAAGACCACCCUGCAGUGCCCCUCAAAGAGGAGUGUGAGAGACAGCAGGCAGAGCUGGAGACACUGGUGAAACAAAGGCGACAGAAGAUCCAGGACAUCCAGGACUCUGUGAAGGUUAACAACAAGAACGCUGAUCUGGAGAUGGCUGAGGGGGUUAAAGUCUUCACAGAUUUGAUGGAGUGUGUUCAGAAGAGUCUGGACCAGUUCAAAGAGAGAAUCACAGGAGAUCAGAAGAAGGUGGAGGACAGGGCCUCAGAGCUGAUAGAGAAGUUAGAGCAGGAGAUCUGUGUCCUGCAGCAGAGAAGAGCUGACAUGAAGCUGGUUUCUGAGGACCACUUCAGUUUUAUCCAGACCUUCUCCUCAGUGAAACCUGCUCCAGAGCUGGAGGACUGGACACAAGUGAAGGUUUCUCCUCAGUCGUACGAUGGUCUCGUAGCUCAAGCUGUGUCUGAGCUGGAGAAGACUCUUGUUCCACAGAUAAAGAAGGUUUCUGAGGCCGAGUUGAGGAGAGUGCAGCAGUAUGAAGUGGACGUGACUCUGGAUCCUGACACAGUUCAUCCAAAUCUGGUCUUGUCUCAUGAUAAUAAACAGGUUAAAUACAAGAAAGUGAUGAUGAAUUAUCCAGAUGUACCACAGAGAUUUUCUACAACAGCCUGUGUUUUAGGGAAACAGAAGUUCUCUUCAGGGAGGUCCUACUUCCAGGUUCAGGUCAAAGGAAAGAUCUGGUUUUUAGGAGUGGCCAGAGAAUCAGUGGAGAGAAAGGGAACAGUUACUCUUAAUCCACAGAGUGGAUACUGGACAAUUAGACUGGUGGAUGAUCAGUAUAAAGCUUGUGCUGGUCCUCCCAUCCCUCUGUCCCUGAGGACCAAUCCUGAGACUGUGGGGGUCUUUGUGGAUCAUGACCAGGGUCUGGUCUCUUUUUAUGAUGUGGACAGUGCAGACCUGCUCUACUCUUUCACUCACUGCUCUUUCUCUGGGAACAUCCUACCAUUUUUUUCACCAGAGUUUAAUAGUAAAAAUAUUGAUAAAUCAGCUCCUCUGAGAAUUACACCUGUCAAAAAGAGUAAAGAAUGAUACUCACACAGACAAAUAAGAACAUCUACAAUAUUAGAUCAUUCAUUUGUCCUCAACUUGGAAUAAACUGCACUACAUUCUUACUGAAAACAAAGACAAGGAUCAGUUGCUACAGACAUAUAUCUAUAUGUGUAAACUUAAAUAAAAUAGGCCUAUGUCAUACAGGUGAUAAGUUAAAAUGAAAAAUGGAUUACUAAUUGUAUCACACUUUGAAUGUUUAUGGAAUGGACAAUUUAAUUUGUUUACAUUUUAAUACAAUCUAUUGUUUCUUUUAACAAUAACAAUUAAUUAGUGAUUUGUGAAUCUUGUGAACAGAAAUGUCAGUUUUGUUUCAUUGUUUUAACUCAAUAUUUACAGAGAUAUUAACUUUAUCCUUCACAAAAUGAUUCAUCAUCACCUAUUGAUACAGUGACGUCGCACUAAAACCUGAACAGUCUGAACAUGUGAGACAGACUCUUCUGUGACACUUUAAAUCCAGACUCAAAACAUUUCUGUUUAACUGUGCAAAUAACUGAAAGGUUUUCAUUCCGCACUCUUCUCUCCAAUUUAUGUCUCUCUUUUUUAAUUUUAAUCUUCAUGAUUAUUUAUGUUUUGAUUUGUUUUUAUUAUGAUUUUAAUGUAUUAAUUAUUCUGUAAAGCACUUUAAAUUACUUUGUGUACGAAUUGUGCUGUACAAAUAAACUUGCCUUGCCUUACACUG